AUGUCGAAGCGUCAAACAAGUGAAGGUAGAAUCAUUUCUCCAAAGCGAACGAAAACGGAACAGAAGACACCCAUGGCCAAUCCCCGGGGUUACAUCAUAGUCAAACGGGAAAAUGAACAGUCGCCACCAGAGGAGCUUUUCGCAGCGGUAGAGAGUUACAUUGGGGAGGCAAAAUUUCAAGAAAUGCGACAGAUCGUGGAUGAAGUGGGCGCUCGAAGGGUCGAUGGGGGAGAUGCUGGUGAAGCAUUGUUACAUCAUGGGAUCAAUUUCGAACCCUUCUUCCAAGAUGCCCUCGGCUGUGCUUUUGACGAAGCAAUUAAAUCGAAGGUGGAGGUUGUAUUCUGGCUAGAAAACAAAAACCAACUGCCACGUUAUCCCGCCGGGCUCCGUGGUACAGUCCACAUAUUCUGCCCGGCAACCACCGAAGAGCUCCAUGAGGGUAAUGGCCUCUUUCGCAUCGUGGAAGGUUCCCAUGCAAUGACAAGGGGCCAAUUUCGUCACAUCGAACCUACCCCGAUCCGUCUUCAACCCAACCAGAUAUUGAUUCUCUCCGCCGAUUUAACAAUACAAUAUCCACAGGCAGGGGGGGGUGUCGGGGUUUUCAUGAGGCUAUUCCCACCUACGUGA